AUCAAAUACAAAAUUUUACAAAUCACUUUUUUUUUCACUUAAACUUUUAUAAGUUUUUUGUUAGUUGUUGCUAUUUUGUUUAAUCGUUUAAUAUUCAUUAAGUUUUUAUCACUAUCUUACUUAAUCAGUGAUCAUAAUUGUUUAAACGUGUUGUAUUUCGUCAUUUAAGAAUUGUCGAGUGAGUACCAAUAAUAAUUUUGAUUCAAUCCUGUCUAAAUCUAUUUUUAAAUCAUAAAUUGCAAUUAAUUGGUAAUUGACUGAGGUAUUUCAUAUAAAAUUAAUUCUUGAUCCAAGCUAUGAAUUUCAUAUGGCAAGCUAAUUGAAUAAAUAACUCGUAUGUUUAACCUAUGGUGUACAAAUUUUCCUAAUCAGUGAUCUUGAAUUAUUAAUAUUAUUCUUCAUCAUUACUGUUUUUGACUGUUUUGUAUGUUUACUACCAGCUUAGAUAAUAUUUAAUAUACACAAAUGCCACAAAUCCUUCCAUAUUAAUCAAUUGUUCUUGCUUCUUAAUAUAUUUAAAAACAAUAAUUGUACUUUUCUGACAUAGAUUUAUGUUAAAUCCAAUUACAACAAAUGUUUUUUUUUAAUGUGAUGGAGAAAAAAAUAUCUAGUCACGACAACUAUCCAGGGGCGUCAUUUGGGGGCGGAGGUAGGAGUAUGCAUUUACCCAACCCUAGAUAUUAAAGUAGCUUUGAGUCGGCUAUCAGGUUAACAUGGGUCGGCUACCAGAUUAACAUAGACUAACUUUAGAGCUAUUACGAGCAGUAAUUUAUGAUAAGACAAGUAGAAGAAACUUUUUUUAUAUUUUCAAGUGUUAUGAGAGGUUCAGUGUAAAGUUAAUUGAAGGUUAUAUGUAAAAUUAAGCUAAGAUUAUUUAUAUUUGAAUAACUUAUAUAUUAACAAAAGCUGAUAGAGUUUGCUUGAUACAAAUUGUAAACAAGUGUUCAAUUAUAGUUAGGAGUCUUAACGAUCGAAGGAGGUCUUAGUUUUUAGACACGGGUGAUAUAAGCAAAAAAGGUACCUAGUUUACUAAAAAAAAGUUUACUUACAUCCAAUAGUGACAUAAUAUGCUUAUGAGAUGUAGUAGAAAAUUCAAGGAGAUGAGAUUAUAUUUGAGGGGAAGGUACUAAGAAAAAUAUACGAAUAUGUGAAAAAUGAAUCAACUGGGAACUAUGAAAUGAGAAAAAACACAAUAUUGGAAUCUUUAUGUAAUAAACCAUAUAUUAAAUGUUUUCUGAAAGCUAAGUGUCUAGAAUAGGUGGGUUAUGUAUAGCGAGUUGAAGAGAGCAUAAUUCCAAAAAUACUAAUUAACAAACCAACUGGCAAACAUCUUAGGGGAAGACCUCAGUAACGAUGGCGAGAUAGCUAAUAGAGUAAAUGUUGAUAUAAAAAUACUAACAUACUUUUCACGUGAGUGGUCCAAUGUUGUAAAUGAGAAGUAGGAAAGGUAGAGGGGAAAUUUAAUAUAUAUCUGUACGCAACGAUUAACCAUUGAUAAUGAAAAACAAUUCUGAGCAGAGUUUGGUUAAUAGUGUUGCUUUGUCAACAAUAUAUUUAUCAUAUUAUGGUAAAAUAAUUCCAUAUGUAUUAUACAUUUUCUUUAAUAAUAUUUAUUUAAUAUUGUAUCAAUUUCUCGUUUUUCCUAUGUUCUUUCCUGGUGUUUCCCAUUUGUUUUAUCCAUUUAUUGGAGAAACUCUUGGAAAAACCAAAAAAUUACCUUCUUUAGUAUCACCCCAGUCAGGUUUCCUUUCAGAAAAAGUGCUAUCAUUGUAAAUUAUAGCAAAAUUGUUGAUAGAAAAGUUGUUUACAGGAAAAAAAAGGGCUGUAAUUUUUUUCUAAUACAUUUCGUACAUUUUACUGGUUUUUCAUGUUUCUUCCCAUCUAGUGUGAAAACUAUCAGGAAAAUCAAAAAAAUGACCUCUCUAAAGUAAUAAAGUAAAAAAAUAAACAUCACUGUAAAACCAAAUAUUCCUCGCUCUGCUCAGAAUCCAAAAUGGUAGACAGAAUCCAAAACUCAAAACUAUAAAUGGAGGAAUUUAAUAAAAACUACAAAAGGCUUCAAUGGCUUAUAAAACAAUACAAAAAAAAAAAUCUAGUUUUAUAUUAGUUGGGCCUGUCAUUAUUAUGCCCUACCCUAGCAAAUAUUGAAAUGACGCCUCUGCAACUAUCAUUUGGAUAAUGCCUAUUUACUGAACAAUAUUAAAUAAGUACAUUAAUUUUCUUAAUGUUUAGACAAAUAUUUUUACAUUGAACUUAAAUAAUUUCAUAUGCACUUUUUCAAAGGUUAAAUUUGAAUUAGAUAAUUAAUUUAAUUAAAAUUUGUCAAAUUACAUACUAGGAUAGAAAAUAAAGUAGAUGAUAGGUACUUUUGUACCUAGUAAUUAUUAAGAAUAAUACUUAAAUAAUAUGUUUAAUUUACGAUUUUGUUAUUUUAUAUUGAAUUUCAAAAUGUUAGAUUUUGCUAUAAUAUGUAAAUUAAUUAGUAGUGUACAUUGUCAAACCUGUAAAAUAUAUUAUAUUUCCAAUUAUCAAGGAUAGGUACUACCUACAGCUAUCUACUUAUAGAGUAGAUAUUCAUGGUACUACUUAUCCUGAAGUUACUACCUAUUAAGUAACAAUUUUGUACAAAUAAUAUUGGUUAUUUUCUGUACCAAGUCUUUGCCAAUUAUUUAUGUAUACAACCUUACAAUUUAAAAAUGUUCCUAUAUUUUUUUUUUACAAAACAAAACAAUGUGAACCAUUUUUUUCAGAAUUCCAUGUAUCAAAUGAAUGUUAAAUAUUUGAUAUGCUAUCAGAAUUUGAUACAGAACAAAAAGUAGAACAGUCUACAAUAAAGUAUUCUCAAGUCAAUCAACGUCUCUUGUCUAUUUCUAAGUCGAUGGAAGACAUUCUAUAUCAUCUGCGACAUAAUAUCGUUAAUCAUCCAAGUUCCUUGACAUUAAAACUUUGCCAAACCACCUUAAUAAAUAGAAUAACUAGUCAGAUUAUUAAUAUAUUUUUCAAAACAGAUGGCAACGGAAAAUGGUAUCGAAAAUAUACCAUUACCAAGCGAUUUGCCACUAAUCAAAAAAGCAAAACAUAUAGAAAAUACUGCAUUAGUUGAAAAUCAUGAUUCAUUUUUGUCAGACUGUCUUCCAAUGAAUAUUAAUUUAACGGACAUAUUUCAUUCAUUCAGACAACGAGCUAAAAGUCCUAUUUUAAAAAGACCUAUCGUUUUAAAUAAAUCAAGAUCAAUUACUGAUUUUAACCUCACAAGAACCGGUCUUCGCAAUAUUGAACUAUUUGAAAUUAUUUCACAGAUUGGUGAAGGUUCUUAUGGCCAAGUAUACAAAGCCAAAGAAAAAAAAACCAAUCAUUUUGUAGCAUUGAAGAAAGUGAGAUUAGAAAAUGAAUCUGAAGGCUUUCCCAUAACAGCUAUUAGAGAAAUUAAAAUUUUAAGACAGCUUAAUCAUAAAAAUAUAGUACGUUUAAAAGAAGUUGUUACCGACAAAGAAGACAUUUUAGAGUUCAAAAAAGGUGGAGGUUCAUUUUAUCUUGUAUUUGAGUACAUGGAUCAUGAUCUUACUGGUUUAAUAGAAUCGGGCAUGGUUAAUUUCACAGUUAAAGAUAAUGCUAUUAUAAUGCGUCAAUUACUAGAAGGUUUGAAUUAUUGUCACAAACAAAAUUUUAUACACAGAGACAUAAAAUGUAGUAAUAUACUACUAAACAAUAGAGGGGAACUGAAAUUGGCUGAUUUAGGACUUGCACGGCUAUUUGAUAAUGAACAAGUUCGUUUGUACACAAAUAAAGUAGUUACUUUACGAUACAGACCACCAGAACUAUUGCUAGGAGAAGAGAGAUACGGCCCCUCUGUAGAUAUCUGGUCAUGUGGGUGUAUUUUAGGUAAGUUUGAAUAUAAUAAACUAAACAACAGUAAUAACCAAAAUUUAUUUAUUAUGUUACAGGGGAACUUUUCGUCAAGAAAAAUAUGUUUCAUGGCAAAGAUGAAUUUGAUCAAUUAGAAUUAAUAUCACAGCUUUGUGGUAGUCCUUGUCCAGCAAACUGGCCAGAUGUUAUCAAGCUACCUUUCUGGAAGUUUAUAAGCCAAAAAAAACUGCACUGUCGAAAACUUGCUAAUGAAUAUAAAUUUAUUGGAAAUGAUGCUUUGAAACUUUUAGACGAAAUGUUAACUCUUGAUCCAAAUAAGCGUAUCACUGCAGAGGAAGCAUUAAAAUGUCCAUGGUUAGCACAAAUUGACACCAGUACCUGUAUUUCAUUACCUACUUGGCAAGAUUGUCAUGAACUUUGGAGUAGAAAACGAAAAGGUCGGUCAACUUCAAGGAACAAUUCGUCUCUUCGUUCCAUGAAGAAAGAUCACAGUCAAUCAGAGAACAAAACGCGAACUUAAAUUGUUAACACAUAUUGUAAUUUGACGAAUUUUAAUUAUUUUCAUUCAAGGGUAAAAUUCCUUAUAAUAAAAUAUUUAAAAAAAAAAGAUUCUGUUAAAAAAUGUGUUGACAAUUAUUUAAUGUGUCUUAUAACCCUAUAAAUUGUUUAAUUUCCAUAGUGCAUUUUAGUUUUUUUACACAUGGUUAUAGGUACUACAAAGUUCAUUUUUAUUAACAUUAAUAAUUGUUGUUACUAUUAUAAUUAGGUAAUUUG